CUCUAGGGUUUCUCCUUGUACGCAGCCGGCGGCUUAGGGUUUUGAAGCUCCCGGCCAUCCAAGGUCACAGGAGCGGGGAGGGGUCCCCGCCAUGGCGCCGCAGCCCAAGUCGGGGCUCUUCGUCGGCAUCAACAGGGGGCACGUCGUCACCAAGCGCGAGCUGCCGCCUCGCCCGUCCGACCGCAAGGGGAAAAAUACCAAGAGGGUGAAUUUUGUCAGAGGCUUGAUUAGGGAGGUAGCCGGAUUUGCUCCAUAUGAGAAGCGCAUCACCGAGCUUCUUAAGGUUGGAAAGGACAAGCGUGCACUGAAGGUCGCAAAGAGAAAACUUGGUACCCACAAGAGAGCAAAGAAGAAGAGAGAGGAGAUGGCAGGUGUUAUCAGGAAGAUGAGGUCUGCUGGUACCACUGACAAGAAGAAAUAGAAGUUCCAAGUUGAGAAUUCUUUUGCAAUCUUUAAUGUAUUAAAUUCAUAUAGCAUGCUCUAGACCUGAGGUGCUCCGUUGAGAACAUUGCGACGCUAGUCCUGCGUAACAUGAUUUUUUGAUACUACAGUGACUAAUACUCUGGCCAUUGUUCUGGUUAGUGGUUACCCACGAUUUUGUUU